CAAGUCUACCCCCACUACCACCAAGCCAACCUACACACCUAUAUAGGCCGUCAUUGUAUAUAUACAGCUUCACUGUCCGUCCCACUACAUCCCUGGAAGUGAACACCCUACAGCCUGCUAAUGCAGUUGGACCCAUAAUGCUCUCCUGGACGUGACAUUGGUAGAAACACCUGUGUCAUCCAUACCUGUACUUUGGACCCAACAACCACAACGAACGUCGGCGACUAAACAUAAACGAGGAACUAUGACGUCACAAGUAACCCGGAUUUUAGUGACGCCUGCGUCAUAUCCGACGGCAUACUCCCUGAUUCCCUACAUAGCACAAGGGUAUGUGACGGGCCCUGAACAGGGAGUCGAGAUCGUCCUUCACGACGUCGAGGAGAGGUUUGACGUCAUAAGGGGCGUUGCUAUGGAGAUUAUGGACUGCACGUACCCCCUCGUCAGAGGUAUAUCUACAAACUGCAAUCUCCACCGUGCCAUGAUCGGAGUUGACCUACUGGUCGUCCUUCCCGCUGGCGGUCAAACAGUUUUGGGAACUGACCAAAUGCGGUGUCCAGCCAACAUGAAGGUUGUCCUCGUGGGUGCAAAGAUGGAUCUCAGUGACUUCAAGUCCACAUCAAAUGUUCCAAAUGAAAAUAUUUUAUAUAUUGAGACUCCGGAGGGGUUGAGGCGCUCCAUGACCCUAGCCCACACUAUCAGCAAACAGACGAGGCCGUGGUGGAUAGAGCAUCAGCAGCUACAACAGCAGCAGCACAUAAUGGGAAAACUCGCAUUAGCGGUACAACAGAAUCCCCUAACGGAAAGUUGCAGUCAAGACGCGCUUCUCCAAUCAUCUAACAACGGAUUAUCUCAAGGUCACGGGGAUUAUGAACAUUAUUCAUAUCCAAGACUAUAGCUAUAUUGAAUAUUGAUGCGUGAAUGACAAGCACCGGAGCAAUAUAAUCUGAAACAUUUAUCGACUUUUGAUUAAAAUAUAUCUUCUUUUGCAUGAAUUGUAUGUAGAAUGUGUGUGAUUUGUUCUGAUGCUGAAAUACACUAAAAGCUGCUGUACCAGAGUCACCUUAAAGUCAGGUAAAACUUGGUUUCAUGAUUAUUGCGCGCGCGUGCGUGUGUGUAUGUGUAUGUGUGCAUGUGUGUGUGCUGUUUUGUAUAAAUGUGUGCGGCCAUGUCAUUACCAUGGAUACCGGACCAGUCCUUGUUUCACCCCCUUAAUGCCGGGCGCCAGGCGGGGUUACAACAAAUACCAUUUCUCGUAUUUUGAUACGAGUCGGCCGUGGAUCAAACCACCGACUUUCCGCUCAGUGGGCAGGCGCGAUGUCCCCUGUACCACAGUAGUGGGUCUAUUUAGCAUGUAAGACUUGACUUAUGUAUACAUACGGAUAUAUGUACACUGUGCAUCUGUUGUUGAUAUAAAACCAAAUUUAACUUUCA